UCAAAAGAAAACUAAUCAUAGAUGCAUGUGCAUGAAUCACUCACCAGGCAAUCAAACCUAAAGCUUUUUGAGAUAAGCAAAAUUUCGCAAUUGUGCCAAUUCAAACGAUUUGAUUGAGUAAAAAAUGAGUCAAGUGAGCAUCUUUAAGUUGCCCAACGAGUGCUUCUACACAAUAAUGAAGUACAUCAAAAGGAACUGUGAGCGCGAGAGACCACUUGCCAGCGUUGACAUCAAAUAUGAUGAUCUGAUAAGUUUCGCCGCUUGCUGUGAGGCGUUUGGCCUUCUGCUCAGCGAAUGGGAUACGAAUCUAUCUUUCAAGCUUAUGAAGUAUGUGACGCUCAAGACCAGCAACAUUCACAUUGACUUUGAAAAGACGUAUGCCCGAUUGAAGGAUGCCACAGCGAGGGACAAGGAAGCCCAUUGGAGCUCCCUUAGCCACGCGAUCAGAAGCUCAGGCCUGACCGAAGUCGCAUUACGCUACGCUCCCGAAUCAUUCUAUGCAGAUCACAUGGAUGCAUUUAACACCGUGUUGAGUCAACUACAGAAAAAACAAAAUCUAAGAGGGUUGAGCAUUAAUGUCCCAGCCUACACCCUGGAGGGUCUGGGAGGACUUGCAAGCCUCGAGACGCUCCGUUUAGAUAUACGAAUGGAUAUUGAUGAUUUGAUCGAAAUCUGCCGCUGUAAUAAGAACUUGCGCGUUUUGGAGUACAUGAACAAUGAGACAGGUGGAAAGAGGCUGGCUGCGAUCGCUCCGCAUUGCCAACAGUUGGAAGAACUCACUCUCAAAAUGAGACCCGACUGUGAUGCAAGUGAGUACAGGAAUUUCGCCAAGAUUCCCAAGCUGCAACACCUAACGAUUGUGGGAGUGCACGAGAAGGGCACUCUACAGCCACUGCUGGAGGGAUUUGCCUGCAAUCAGAGCACGAUCCUCAACAGAUUGUUCAUUGUCGAUGCAUCAUUGGAUCAAAAUGAAACGCAGGCAAUGUUCGAGAUUGAAACAUUAACUCAAGUGAAGUGUGGAUUUGACGAUACCCAGAGCAUUGGGCUCUUGUCUCAACUGAGCAAUCUCGACUGCUUGAAAAUCCAAUCCGAACAGGAGUUUGGCACAGUUUCCGAGCAUGUUCUGAGCAUUCUAAUGAAGUCAAAGGUGAAUAUAAACAUUGAUCUAUUCAAGUGGUCAAUAUCAUACGGAGCAACUGGGGAACUUUCGAUUUGGAUGACGGAUGCGAAUGCGAAUCCCACCGACUGCAGUCCACUUUCGUCGCUGCCUGGUUUGACUUCUUAUCAAGUUCACGGACUGCCUCGUAUUGGUUUACUUCAGCCGAUUCUCAAUGGAUUGGCACUCAGGCAAGCGCCCACUCUGACCGACUUGUUGUUGAAAAAUAUAACGGCAGAGGAGAUCGCAACAGUGUCUGAGAUAGCAUCCCUGAGCAGAUUAAAGUGUGGAUUUGCCGAAACACAAAACAUUGAGCUGCUGGCGCGGUUACCCGUGCUCAAAAAAAUUAACGAUUUUAUGUGUGCCAUGCCAAGGAUCCCUCCGGGGCCUUCUGGCUGCUCUGGCCUCGCGCCCGUCACAGACACUCCGAAAGUUUUGUCUGUCAAACGGAAAACUUGAUAGCGGGGAGGCAAAGGAAUUGGUCCGC